AUGGUACGUGAGUUGGGUUCAGAACGUCGUGAGACAGUUUGGUCCCUAUCUGUUGUGGGCGUAGGAAAUUUGCGAAGAGCUGCUCCUAGUACGAGAGGACCGGAGUGGACUGACCAAUGGUGGUUUGGUGAAAAAAGUAAUGAGGGAUUACAAUUUGUUGUCGGAAAGAAUGAACAAGGAUUUCUUGUUAAUGAAGUGAAAAUUAAUUUUUAUGGCGAAAAAGUUCUUAAUUCCAUGCCGAGGGUGUUUAAACAGUUAGCCAGUGAUGGACACAACCUUGUUAUUGAGGAA